CACAGACAGACCCACUGCACUUGCCGAUUCAAUCCACCCAUCCAUUCAGCUCCACACACCUCACCACAUCCCACGCCACCACGAGCGGUCGACCUGCAAGCGGCUCCACGGCAGCUGCACCGGCACUGUCUCGCCCCACCGUGCCGCCUCCUCUCUGACCGCCAUCUCCACCACCUCCUUCAGCCUCAUCCGCGCACCAAAGCCGCUCUUCACCCGCGGCGCCUCCUCCCUCAUAGCGCCCCACAUCCCCAGCGAUGUGAGCGUGAAACGAGUCGACAAGACAUUGACGCGCGCGCCGGGCUCCGCUCUCAGCGUCAUGGCGAUGGCUUCCUCGACGAACAGCUUCAUGACGCGUUCGAUACGCUGUCGGAGAGUGGCGGGCAGGCGGAGUGGGAUGGGGCUGCACGCGUAGCGGGCGAUCUCGGCGAUGAGGCCGGGCACUUGAAGCAUUUGGAAAAAUCCGCCCCUGCUCACCGCCCGCAGGGACCGAAGCGGCCGCAUGGAGCGGUUGAUGCAGCGCAUGAUGAGGUCGGGGAGGUCCUGGCGGAUGUAGUCCAGGUGGGCUUCCACGGCACGCUGCAUCCAGCCAUCCCGCCCCAUCCAGCUGCCGUAGGGCACCCGCGCCAUUCGCAGGUCCACCCCGUUCUUGAGCAGCCCGCGGAGCAGCCCAUCGGCGUUGGCUAGGCUGGCGAGCUGCAGGGGCGUGGCUCCCGUCGUGUCGGUUGUGUUGAGGGUAGAGGUGGAGCCCCUCCUCACCAGCAGGUCGAUGAGCACCUCCUGGGUCGCGUUGGUCCUCAGCGGGUAAAGGCAGAAUUCGUGGAUGGGCAGCCGACGAUUGGCGUCACGCUGGCGGAGCUGGUCGGGCCCCAGCUCGACCAGGCGGCUCACCAUUGACAGCUUGACGAUGGAAUGCAUGCCGGGGUUGUGCCGCUCUACAUCGAAGAGCAGCUUCAGCUGUGCCAGCUCCGACGAAGGGUCGUCGACGCUGCUGUCCAUGAUGUAGUUGAGCAUGAUGUGGGCAAUGUCGUAUUUGCCGCAGAUGAUGGCAUCCCUCAAGGGGCAGGGGUCGCCCCUGAGCGCCUCUUCAGACCCCAUUCUCGCUAGGAGUGCGUGGACGAUAGCCGGGGCGUCCGCCAGCGAGGACCGCGUGACCACGUUGAUCAGCCUCAUGCGGCGACCGAGAAAGAACAAGGGCUCCGAAGGGUC